AUAGCGACUGCGCCGUCUGGCACGCCAGAGGGGGCAUGCGCACGGAAUCUGGCAAGCGAGCAGCGCCCUCCGCGGUACGUAGUGGUCCGCUCGCCCUUGAUCACUGGGAGUCGCCAGAUUCGCGUCGACUGGCCAGAAAAUUGGAUCAUCCUAGCUCUGCCAGCUCCGCGUCUUCAAGACUUGACAAGCGACCGUCUCACAGCUUGCAACGUGAGCGUGCAUCAAGCGCGCGGAGCUAUAACCAGCUCCGAUCCCAGACGCGGCUAAGCCCUCCGAAGAGCACUGCGCGGCGAGCAAGCAAUCCAGCGCCUUCACAAGAUCGCCUCCUCUCCAAGAUCCUUGGCCGUCUCUUCUGGUUCGGUAUGCAAAAUGAUGGCAUAGAAGACGCAACGACAGAGGCAAGCUUGACGGACACGAGACCGCAAAUCGCCUUCAGAGACGCACCUAUAGACUUGACCAUGGACGACACGGACCAAGAAACCGGGCACGGACGGGCAGCUGCACAUCCGUAUGGUCUGCUCACUAGGCUUCCGCCUCGACGACCGUCGUACGGCCUUUCCACAAUCACCGCACAUAGAUCCGACUUUGUCGUGCCAAUUACGGGAUCCAAUAGCGUGACGAGCUACAAGAAGCGUGAGCCGCUCUUCGUCCACGACGCAAGGCAGCGCAAUGCAAACCAGAUGGCUACGGCUUUCGAGAGGCUAAAGAUGCACGAUUCGGAAGUGCACGACUUUGCCACUUAUAGAGACCGUGUACAGAAGGUGUCAGAAGACUUCAACGCAGCCUCGCCAAGACCAUUGUCUGCAGCAUCGAGACGUGCCCAUGUCACAUAUGACGACAAAUUCGAGAGCGCACUUUUACGCGCCAAGAGCGCACGUGAUGCGCCCCUGCCGCAGCGUAGCUCGCUCGAAGAAUUGAGGAAGCUUGACACUCGUCGGAGGCAGCGUCAACUCAAGCGACGGAAGUGGAAGCAAGAUCUAGGCGCUGACGAAGCAGAGGUCGACAUUCUCUUCAGAAAACGAGGAGUGAUCUCGUCCACCUUCGGCGCAGAAGUAGCCGAUCGCGAUAUCGCAAAGUUGCGACCCGGACAGUGGCUCAACGACGAGGUCAUCAAUUUCUAUGGUGUACUUGUCACCGAGCGCAGCAAGAAAUGCGAAGCCGCGGGCAAGACAGGUCCGGGCAAGCCUUUUCGCAGGACACACGUCUUUUCGACAUUCUUUUUCGCCAAGCUGCAGUCACACCAAUAUGAGGGCGUGCGACGAUGGACGAAGAAAAUCGAUUUGUGGCAGAAAGACAUCAUCAUCUGUCCAAUCAAUCUCGGUAACGCUCACUGGACCUGCGGAGCCAUCAACAUGGCCCAACAUCGCUUUGAGUAUUACGACAGUAUGGGUAUGAAGAAUGCCAAAGCAUACGAAUUGUUGCGAGAGUACCUCAAGGCAGAGAGUCUCGAUAAGAGGAAGAAACCGAUCGAUCUGAGUGAUUGGCAAGAUUACUUUGACUCGGGCGCGCCCCAGCAAGACAAUGCGUUUGACUGUGGCGUCUUCGCAUCGCAAGUCAUGGAGACGAUCAGCCGCAACAACGUGGGGCUUGACUUUGCACAGCGCAACAUGCCCUACAUCCGCCGCAAAAUGGUACUCGAAUGCGCCAAGCAAAGCCUGAUCAAAGUACAUGAUACACGGCUAUACACGCCCUGCAGUUCGCAACGGUUGUGUCGGUCUUUCUCGAGCGAGGCUUUCGGGAUAUAG